AUGACUGAAUCUGUGCUGGUGGGCGACUUUAACCUUCCUGGUGUGGAUUGGUCAAUUCCUGCUUGUGCCACUGAAUCGUCCUCCGUGCGUUUGCUAAAGGAACUUGCAUCACUGCUUCGUGGUAACCAGUGUAAUGGUGUGAAGAACAACCGCUUGGUACUACUGGACUUGGUUUUCUCUUCCAUUCCGGAUACUGUUGUUCAUGAGGAUUGUCACCCUCUGGUGAAUAUUGAUCCUCAGCAUCCGGCCCUGAAUGUGAGGGUACCCGUACCUCAGUUAAAUUACUCCUCUGCGUCAUUGGUGCCCGAUUUCAGAAGAUGUGAUAUGGCAAGCAUAUUUCUCGAUCUUCAGUCGUUGGGAUUUUGUGAGAUGGAUUAUCUAAAGAGUACGGACGAGCUUUUCAGUGCAUUUGGCGAGAGUGUUAGGGACACAAUCUUGGCCCACACUCCUAUGAAGAAAAUUGGUACCUCCAAAAACUACAUCGCCGUUACUGAAGAUAGGCUCAAAAACAAUCCUAAGGUUUUCUGGGGUUUUAUUGGAAAUGUCAACAACUCACCUGCUGCACCCUCGAUCAUGAGGUUUGCAGAUCUAACAACUACUGAACCAGCAUUAAUGAGCUCAUACUUUGCUCAGUUCUUUUCUUCAUCGUUUUCCAGAUCCAACUCCAAUCAGAGCAACUUGGUCUUGCCUGUCUCGGUAGACUCGGAGGACUUAAUGGCUGACUGUGAUGUCACUUUUGAGGAGGUCGAGAAGGCUCUUGUCAAUCUUGAUGUUUAUAAAGGUUGUGGACCGGGCAUGAUUCCCCCGAGGGUAUUGAGAUAUUGCAGUCCAGUUCUAACCGGUCCAAUCCAUAAACUUUUCGGCAAAUCACUACAGAGUGGCGUCUUCCCUGAGGCUCUCAAGCAAAGUUACAUUGUGCCAAUUCACAAGGGGGGUGCUAUCGAUAAUGUUUCAGCAUGGUUUUUUUAUGGCAGAUCGACCGUCACCAAUCUAGUCGUUCUACAAGAUUACAUAGUGGAAGCGUUCAAAAAGACUGAGCAGGUGGACGCUUUAUACUUGGACUUUUCUAAAGCGUUCGAUAAGGUUAGUCAUCCUCUCCUUAUUAGGAAGCUCGAGGCUAGUGGAAUCACUGGUACUCUUUUGAAAUGGUUUGCUAGCUAUUUGUCUGAUUGCCAAUUGUCAGUGAGGUUUGCUUCGUCAGUCUCUGAACCCUUCGCGGCAGUGUCUGGCGUGCCCCAAGGAUCACAUUUGGGUCCGAAACUAUGCAAUAUAUUUAUCAGCGACAUUGUCUACAAUCUGGAAGCUAAUACUUUGCUCUUUGCCGAUGACAUUAAGAUCUUUAAGGCGAUUCAACAUCCUGAUGAUUGUAAGGUUCUUCAAGAUGACUUGACUGCGAUUGAGGGAUGGUGGGUGCAGAACGAUAUGGCGCUGAACAGCAAAAAGUGCUUAGCAUUUACAUUUCACAGGAUCAAAUCACCAAUUCAUUUCAAUGACAGUGUUGAUGGUGAUGUCAUGCGACGGCCUCCCUCGGUUUGUGAUCUGGGUGUGGUAUGGACACCUGCCUUGAAUGCCGACGCUCAUAUUGCAAAGAAGUGCCUACAAGCCACACGAGCCCUUGGUUUUUUGAUGCGAUCUGCUAAGCCAUUUAGUGAUCCUGGUACACUAAGAACGUUAUACUGUUCAAUGGUAAGGCCGAUUGUCGAAUAUGCCUCUGUAGUGUGGUCCCCGCACCAGUCAAUCUUGAUAAACGACCUUGAAAGGAUUCAAACCAAGUUUCUACGUUAUCUGGGCGUCCGAACCGGUUUCCUGUACAGAGAGGUACCUGUGGACCAUCUGGCUGAAGCGCUGUGUCUUCCACAAUUGGCAGCCAGAAGGAAAGUCCAAGACUUAAUGUUUUUGUAUAAAAUCAUCAAUAGCCUGAUUGAUUGCCCCGAGUUGCUGGAACGUAUUUUGGGAAAAUAUUUAAUUGGUGGUGCCUUUAAAGGGCCACAGUAUCAUAUGUUGUCAGUGGUCCUGUGA